AUGUUUUCCUUCAUCCCCUCCCUCCUCCUACUCCUCUGCCUCCUACUCCUCCCCCCGGCUGCUCCCACCCUCCUGACCCCAUCGCCCCCCCGUGAGCUACAGGUCAGAGAUCAAUGGAUUCCGAGGGACAACAAGCAGGACUCCUUCAAGGUGGUGAUCUCCGAGGGCUGCGUCACUCAGGGAGAUUCAUCUGAUGCCAGCGAGGGAGGUAAAGAAAUAGACCUGACUGCCGGUUCCUCUCUGGUUCUGACCCAUAAGAUCAAACUGGUUCCGUCAGGUUUUGGGUCGGGAUCCGGGUCUUGUGGUUGUGAGGCGGACUUUGCUGCCCUGCGAGAGCGUCUGGAGAGGCUGGAGAGGGAGGUGUCGUCCCUCAGGGAGAAGUGUGGAGGACCUGAGGGGGGCUGCUGCACCUCCAAAGAGAGCAAAGGUGCAGGCUGCUCCAUUAAAACGGAGACGGACGAGUGUCCCAACGAGUGCAGUGAUCAGGGUCGCUGUGUGGACGGGAAGUGUGUCUGCUUCCCUGGCUUCAGCGGACCGGACUGCAGCGAGUCCGACUGUCCCGGAAACUGCAACGACAAAGGCCGGUGCGCCAACGGACAGUGUGUGUGCGACCCUGGCUUCACCGGCCCCGACUGCUCUGAGAACUCCUGUCCGGGCAACUGCAACAACCAGGGCCAGUGUGUGAACGGCAAGUGUGUGUGCAGUGAAGGCUUCUCCGGUCCCAGCUGCUCGGACCAAUCCUGUCCCGGAAACUGCAACAACAAGGGCCGCUGCGUCAACGGACAGUGUGUGUGCGACCCUGGCUUCACCGGCCCCGACUGCUCUGAGAACUCCUGUCCGGGCAACUGCAACAACCAGGGCCAGUGUGUGAACGGCAAGUGUGUGUGCAGUGAAGGCUUCUCCGGUCCCAGCUGCUCGGACCAAUCCUGUCCCGGAAACUGCAACAACAAGGGCCGCUGCGUCAACGGACAGUGUCUGUGCAAACCUGGGUUUACCGGCCCGGACUGCUCCCAGAGGGCUUGUCCGGACAACUGCAGUGACCGAGGUCGGUGUGUGAACGGUAAAUGUGUGUGUGACAGCGGGUUCACCGGUGCGGACUGCUCUGAGAACUCAUGCCCAGGAAACUGCAACAACAAGGGGCGCUGCGUGAACGGACAGUGUGUGUGUAACCCCGGGUUCACCGGACCAGAUUGUUCCAAAAGAUCAUGUCCUGAUAACUGCAACAACCGCGGGAGGUGUGUGAACGGUCAAUGUGAGUGCGAAAACGGAUUCACCGGUCCCAGCUGCUCGGACGAGUCCUGUCCUGGAAACUGCAACAAUAGGGGGCGCUGUGUCAACGGAGAGUGCGUCUGCGAUGAAGGAUUUGGCGGCCCGGACUGCCUCGAAAUAACUUGCCCGAACGACUGUACCGAUCGCGGCAAGUGCGCGGACGGAAGGUGUGAGUGCGAAAGCGGUUUCACCGGAGAAGACUGCUCGCAGGUGUCCUGCCCGGGAAACUGCAACAGUAGGGGGCGCUGCGUUACCGGACAGUGCGUCUGCGAUGACGGUUUCACCGGAUCGGACUGCUCUGAAAAAGCUUGUCCCAAUAACUGCAGCAACCGCGGGAAGUGCGUCAACGGGAAGUGUGUCUGCGAGGUGGGCUUCGCCGGGCAGGACUGCGGCGCCAAAGGUUGCCCCGGUAACUGCAACAGCAAGGGGCGCUGCGUCAAAGGGAAGUGUGUCUGCCGCCGAGGGUUCAAAGGGCCGGACUGUAGCCAGUGUGAAGACGGCAUGACUGGACCCAACUGUGAUACUGCCAUGUCGGGGGUCUCUCAGCUGAGCACCAGGGACAUCACAGAGACGGAUGUGACUCUGUUCUGGACCCCCCCCCACGUCCAGUAUGACACCUACCACCUGACCUUCAGCAGCCAGAAGGAGAGUGAGCAGCAGAUCAGUGUGCAGGUGGGGGGCAGCCUGACCUCCUUCACCCAGACGGGCCUGGCAGCCGGUCAGGAGUACACCGUCAGCAUGAGCGGAGAGAUGGAGGGCAGGAGGGGGGCCGAAAGGACGGCGCAGUUCAUGACCCUCAUCUCCGGUCCUACUAAUCUCAGAGUCGUCAAAACAACCUCCACUACUGCAGUGGUCCAAUGGGAGCAUUCGCAGGGUGAGAUUGACAGGUACCGUUUGACCGUCACGCCCAGCGACGGAAAAGGAAGGAGUCAAGAGUUGACCAUCCCACCUGGUCAAGACUCCGCCCACAUUGAGCAGCUGGAGGCAGGGCGUUUGUAUGACAUCAUACUCGAAGCUGAGAAGGGCACGAGUCGGAGCAAACCAGCGACCACUCAGGUUACCCCGGGCCCGGAGCCUCCGAAAGACCUCGUCUUCAGUGAGGUGACAGAGAACUCUCUGACGGUGUCCUGGACCAAACCCAAGAGUCCCAUCAGUGGAUUCAAGGUCACCUACACCAGCAUAAAGGACGGUGAGCCGGUGUCAGUGUCCAUAGACAGAGGCGACUCCACCCUCGGCCUAUCACAGCUCUCCCCUGGUUCUUCUUACGAGGUCAGCGUGGUCUCCAUCCUCGGGCUGGACGAGAGCGACCCCAUCACAGACUUUUUCAUGACAUUGCCUGACCCGCCUACAGACCUCCGGGCCGUGAACGUCACCGACACCAAGGCCUUGUUGCUGUGGCGACCAGCGUUGGCUGCUGUGGAUAAAUACGCCAUUGUUUACGGCUCUGGGACAGACUCAGAGCUGAGGGUCACGGUGUCUGGGAACGCAGCGGAGCAGCAGCUCAGCGGCCUGCAGGGCUCCACCACCUACACCGUCACCAUCAGCAGCCAGCUGGGCAGCAAGGAGAGCUCAGAGGCCUCCACCAGCUUCACCACCACCUCAGGCUCUGGAGGUGAUGGAGACGGGUUUGGCGAUCUCCAGUCCAAAGACGUGACCCCUCGCACAGCACGGUUGUCAUGGAAACCACCUACAAAGCCUGCAGGCAGCUAUAGACUGACUUAUCAGACUGAGGGUCAAGAAGUGAAGGAAGUGGUCGUGGACGGCUCUGUGACAGAGUUCAACCUGAGCAGACUCCACCCCUCGUCCAGAUACACGGUGCAGCUCCAGGCGGAGAGCGGAGGGCGGAACACCGCCCCCCUCUCCACCCACUUCACCACCGGCACCCUGAGGUUCCCCUUCCCCACAGACUGCUCUCAGGAGCUGCUGAAUGACAUCCUGACGUCAGGAGAGGUGGAUAUCUUCCCUCAGGGGAGAUCUGGGCCCCCAGUGAUGGUGUACUGUGACAUGGAGACGGACGGAGGCGGCUGGACGGUGUUCCAGAGGAGGAAGGAUGGCUCUGUGGAUUUCUUCAGAGGAUGGAAGGAGUACAUUAAAGGAUUUGGGAGUCUGAGUGGAGAGUUUUGGCUGGGACUGGACAACCUCUACAACCUGACCUCCAUGACCAAGAUGACCCUGAGAGUCGACCUGCGAGACCAAGACGAGGCCGCGUUCGCCAAAUACUCCACCUUCGAGCUGGUGAAGAGGAACUACAAACUUAUCGUGGGCGGAUACAGCGGCACUGCAGGGGACUCUCUCAGUUAUCACAGCCAGCGGAUCUUCUCCACCAAAGACCGGGACCUGGCGCCCUUCAUCACCCGCUGUGCCAUGUCCUACCGAGGAGGCUGGUGGUACAAGAACUGCCACGAGGCCAACCUCAACGGGGUCUACGGCAAGGACACCAAUCACCAGGGUGUGAUCUGGACCACCUGGAAAGGAAAAGAGUUUUCCAUCGCGUUUGCUGAGAUGAAGAUGAGGCCAGCGGCCUUCAGUCCUCCAAACAGAGGAUGAGGACGAGAACGAUCCUAAUGAAAUAAUGAACUGCUUACCAUGAUGCGUGAUGGACAGCAGUGUGUAUAUACAUGUGCAAACACACGUGUGUGUUCAAACACUCUCGAUUUAGCCUCGCUCUGGCCUCAGAGGAGACAAAGACGUAUUUUUUCAUUUGUAUAGAGGUCAUUUAUCAGUAUGUUAAUGUAGGUUGUACAGGUUUUAUCUUUUCAAAGCAGGGCUUCUCUAACUGUCUCUACAUGUACAUUUAAAGUGUCAGUUUACCCAAAAUACAACAACACAUAUGUUACCGUUCAAAAGUUUGAAUCUCCUACCAAAAACACAUGAUUUGGUCCAGUCAUAUCUGAGAAGAGACUCCGUACGCUGUCCAAUAGUUCAAGCAGACAAUUAAAAUGGGGAUCAGAAAAGAAAACGGGCUAUUUGGAGUGCCUUCAAUCUCAUAAACUGCGAUAUAAGACAACCCAGUCCGUUUUGGGGGGCUACGGGUCAGAUAACAUGGGAUUUAAGCCAUUCAGAUUUGGCUCCCCUUUCCAUGUUACAUGCAGGCCUAUUAGACUAUAAUAAUGUGUUUUAUGAACAUUAAAACUGCAGUUGCCAACGUACUUUUCGCAUCUUUUGCCAAAGAUUUUAUAAUACCCUCUCAGCAUAUUGUAAUUCAAGUGGUCUGAGAGAAAACUUUACCCCUGCACCUCCUCAUCGCUCUGUUUUUUAGGAUUUAGAAAAUCUUGCCUGAGACUUAAGCUAACCAAAGGCUAUUUUAUUGAGGCAAGCAGAGUUUCUGCUUGCUCUUCUACAUAUACAUAAUGUCUGUCCACAUCCCUUAGUGAAAGGCUAUGCAGCUAGUGAUGGAGAGAAAAUGGCUGCUGUCGUGACUCGUGAGCUAACGUUAACGUCAAGGCUAAGUUACAGAUGCUACGGGUUAGCAUCAGGUUAAACUUUAAGCAACAUUUGUUCUACAUCUCAGUAUGUAAUCUUAAAAGGGCUCUUCAGGCCCACACGUUUUCAAAGAACACAGGCAUCUGGAUCACAUCAGCAUGUGACGGAUGAUGUUUGAAAUGAAUGAUAAGUACGCACGGAGAGUGCCAGGAGAAGGUCUGUAUGGUUGAGCAGGAAUGAGUCCUUAUACACAGAAAUGAGUUAGCAUUAUACCACAUGCAGUUCCUUUUUCUUGAAGUCAACAGUUUUUAUGUUUUUGGUUCAAUGCUUGAAAUAAGGUCAGCGGUUAACACAAGCUUCACAUUUUGUAAACAAACAUUAGCCGCCUUUAGCUUAGCGGUGGUAACGUGAAAUCAUGUGACGUAGUUUCGUUUAUAACAUAAUAUUAGCUUUUUACUUCUGCCAAUUGCGCUGGAGUUUAUUCUGUUGAAAAAAAUGUUUACGGUAUCAUAAACGUGUGUUUGCCAAAGAUGUUGUUAUCUACAAAAUUCAAAACUCCAGUGGAAAAAUCCCUUUGCUUUUUGUCGAGGGAGCCUACAAAAAAACGCCAUCACUGUACCACUCUCUAUUGUAACUGGAACAGGGACUAUCAGCUCAAGAUAUCAAAGAAUAACAAAUCACAUUUUAAUCCUCUUCAAUGUAACCACUGAGUAGCCUGCAGGUAGCCUGAAGAAUGAUAACUCUAUAUUUAGAACCCAAUUGCACCGUUGUGCUUCAAUAAUAAUCGAGGGUCCCCUUUGCUUGGAACAUUUUCCUUUUAUAUCAUAUGGGGCCGAAAUUGUUUCAAAUACAAAAAUGACAUUUGGCGUCUGACUUAUAUUGAUUGUAUCUACAUUUAAAAGGCCCAAUAUGAAAAAAGAAAAAUCUGAUUAUCCACUUUUUGAACGGUUAUAUAUUUUCAAGCCAAGAGGGUAGUUUUGGUUUUGUGUGCUGACCUUUUGAGACAUUUGAAACUUCACAUUUAAUGCAGGAUCACUUUUUCAUCAUGUGAUAUGUACUAUCUGGUGUUUUCAGCACUUUAACCACAUUUAGUUUUUUAGAAUUAUGUACCACAACUACAACUUCUCAGUGUUUUUGUAUGUGUUUUGUAAAUAAAUAUCAGCCAGUUUUCAAAGAGUUAUACAUGCAGUAAAAUACAGAAUCAUUAUUAUAUCUUGUUGCUGGCCGCUGGUCGUGUAAAAUCCUUUUCUCUGCAAAAUGUUUACUAUUCAGGAAAUAAAUAAUUGUUUUGA